AUGCAGGCAGCUGAUGCAGCCUUCGGGGCUGCUGCUUCUGGUGUGUCUCCGCAAUCAGAAGGAGCAGCAGCAGCAGCAGCAGCAGCUGCUGCAGCGGAGCCGCUGCCAGCUACCGUUUCUCUGCAGCAGCUGCAGCAAUUGCUGCAGGAUGUGUGGGGGGCGGAGAGGGAGGCUAAAGACAAAGUGCUGCUGCUGCUGCAGCAGGGGGAGGAGCGGCUGCGGGAUAUGCAGCUCUCGCUGCAGCAACAGCAGCAUCAGUCGCAACAGGUGUGCCGGCAAGUGCAGCAGCUUCAGCAGCAGCUCUUAGGCACUGGCCUAACAAAGAAACCCUUGGCUUUGCGUCUCCAGCAGCGGGAGCAGCAGCAGCAGCUGCUGCUGCAGCAGCUGCGCUGUAUCCAGGAGGUAGAAGCCUGCCUGCUGCGGCUCCAGGAGGUGCAGCAGCAGCUGGCGGCCUGUGGGGGUCUCGUAAAGCAGCAGCAACUUGCUGCUGCUGCUGCGGCGCUUAGACAGUGCGCCUUGAAGCAAUUGAUGCCUCUGCUGACAGCAACACGAGGAAGGCAGCAGCCCGCUGUUGUAGCGGAGCUGCAGCAGCAGUUUGCUGAGGUGUACAGACAACUCGUGGAGGCCCUUGACCUGCAGCUGCAGCAGCACGUGAAGAUCUUGCCCCAACAAAUAAUUGUUUCUGUUCUCAUUUGCAGCAGCAGCAGCAGGAGCAGCACCGGCAGAAGCGAAGAAGCAAGCAACAGCAGCGCUGCCGUAGCAGCACCGGCAAACGCUGCACCCAACGACACUGCAGGUUUAGUGGCCUCUGAAGCAGCAGCUUCUGCUUCAGAGGCUGCUGCAGCAGCAGAAGCAGAAACAGCGGAAGGAACAGCAGGAGAAGCAGCAGCAAGGCAAGCGCAAUCAGCAGCAGCAGCAGCAGCAGCAGCAGAUGCUGUUUGCUUACGCUUAGGAGAUGUAUGGGAGGCCUUUGAUUGUCUGGGGCUGCUGCGCCCUCGUCUGUAUUGCCUAACGCAGAGCAUCAGCAGCAGCAUUUUGCAGCCACUGUUCGCUAUUGCUGCUGCUGCCAGCAGCAGCAGCAACAACAGCCAGCAGUUCCUGCUUGUCUCCAAUGAGCAUGCUGCAGGCAGCAGCAAAGGGCCCCUCGAGGCUUCGUGGGGUUGGGAAGCAACACCAGAGGAAGGACAUGCAGCACCAGCAGCAGCAGGUUCUGUAGUAGCCGCAGCAGAUGCUGUUGCAGCAUCAGGCGCAGGAGCGCCAGCAGUUGGUGCUGCUGCAACGCCGCAGGGUAUGCUGGUGCUGGUGCAGUCGCUGCUGCAGUUCCUGCUGCAGCAUGCAGCAGACGGCCACCCCGCAUGUCUCCGGACUUGGGGUCCUUUGCUGCAGCAGCAGAUGCAGCAGCCGCUGCUAAGACUGUUGCUGCAGCAGCCUAACAAGCAGCUUUGGCUGCAGACGCAACACGACGCUGCAGCAGCAACAACGGCAGCAGCAGUAGCCCAUGCUGCACCAUUUCUCGCGGCUGCAGCAGCAGCUGCUGGCAUUGUACAGACGGAGCUGUUCCUCCUGCAGCGGGGCUUGCAGGAGGAGGAGCAGCAGCACCAGCUGCUGCUGCUUCUGCAGCAGCAGCAGCACAGCAGUGGGGCUACAUGGAAAGCCUUACACUGGCUGGCUGAAGAAGACAGGCGGCGUCAGGUCGAGCUGCUGGCAGCAGCACGGCAGCUGCUGCAGCAAAUAGCAGCAGCAGCAGCAAGUGCUGCUGCCACCGAACAAGGCACAGUAUUAGCUACAGAAGACACAGUCCCUGGCGGGGUCUGUGAGCUGCUGCUUCCCCAAGAUCUUCCAGCGAAGGAGCAGCAGCAGCCGCAGCAACAGCAGCAACGUUUGCUGCUGCUGCAAUGCAUUGCUGAGGAGGCAGAUGUGUCUUUGGUGCAGCUAUCUCCGCUGCGGAUUACGCACCAAACUGAGCUUCUGCUGCAGCUGCUGCAGUCGUUGCUGCGGGCAGCAGCAGCUGCUGCUGGCACAUGCACCUGCAGCAGCAGCAGUAGCGGCGGUGUAAGGACUGUGCCCUGUUGGUGCAGCAGCAAGCGUGGGGGCGCCCACGGUUGCUGCUGCAGCAGCAGCUGCUGCAGCAGCCGCAUAUCCCUCCGUGCUGAAGUUGCUUUGAUUCUGUCGAUAGCGGAUUUAUUUUUGCUGCUGAGACCCUUGGAGCCUUUGAUAGAGCUCGAAGCAGCAGCACCUGCUGCAGCAGCAAGUGCUGCUCCUGCGGCAACUGCGGCUGCGCCCGCCGAUGCUUCUGCUGCUGCAGUUGCUGCUGCAGCACCGCUGCGUAUCAGGGCCCUCGCGCUGAGGUGGACAGACACAGAAGUUCUCUCACGAUGGCUGGUGCGGUUACCGCUGCUGCUUGCUGCUGCUGCAGGCGCCGCAAGUAAGGGCUCCUACGAGCGCUGCUCGUGCGCGGGUAGCAGCAACAGCAGCAACAGGUGCUGUAGUUGUACUGGUGCUGCAGCGCGGCGCGCCUUAACGGUGUGGGGAGAUUCGUUGCCACUCUUUGAUGCAUUUGCUGCUGCUGCUGCGCCAGUUGGGGGGGCAGCAAUUCAGCAGCAGCAGCAGGAAACGCCUUUCCGGCAGCAGCUUGCAGAGAUUGUUAUCGCACUGAAGCGGCAGCAAGAGGAAACGUAUGUUUGUUUGGUUUUGACGCUGAAGCAGGAACUGCAACAAGCAGCAAAGGAGCUCAUCCGGAUCCUUACAGCUGCAGCCAGCAGCAGCAGCAGCAGCAGCAAUAGUAGCCUGGAAAUUCAUGUGGAAGCAGCUGAGGGCCUCCUCACGCAGCGCCUCCAUAGUGCAGCCCUCGAUCUACUGCCUCUCUUACCCUUGCAGAUGUACGCGGAGGUCGUAGGCCUUGCAGCGGACUGCCUUCUAGACUGCGUGUUGCGGGCUAUUGUUGCUGUUGCCGUUGCUGCAGCAGCAGGUGUCAGCACCCCUGAAGCAGCAGCAGCUGCUGCUGGCAGCAGCACAUCUCGAGCCGCAGCACAACGCCUGGGGCCCAUUUGCUGCAGGUUGCUGCAGCGCGUCUGCGCUCAGGUCAAAGCCACACUGGUGCUGCACCUGUCACAUCAGCAUCUGAGGCCUGAAUCAGCAGCAGCAGCAACAGCAGCAGCUGCUGCUGCUCCUGCUGGGGACGCGCUGGCUUGUCUUCUGGCACGAAAUGGGGCUUUAGAUACUUCAGGCGGCAGCCGAGAACACCAACAGCAGCAGCAGCAGCAAGGGAGCGCUCAGCAGAGCAAUGAAAAUGCUACUACUUCUUCUGCAGGUGCUGCUGCUACUGCUCGCAUCGAGGAAUUUGCGCCUCUGCUGCAGGUUGCUACUGCUGUUCAGCAGCUGCUUGAGGCGGACGUGCUGCUUCUGCUCCAGCUCGCAGAAACGCAUGCGCUGCUGCUGCAGCAGACCUUCGGGUCAGUAGAACAGCGGCUGGCAUUGAUCUCUCUUAACCCUUUCAUUGGGGGAGCCCCCCCGGGGGCUCGUAAGGAAGUCUUUUGCAGCUUGGCUGCCAGCCCUUAA